CAAUAAGAAGAAUGUUAAAACGUUAGACGUCCGUGUAGAGGUCGUUUGGUUGUUGUGAGUAAAAGAAGAGAGAGUGUGUGAGAGACUCAUUGGCGACGCCUCGCGAUGUUCCUCCAACGUGUGCACGUACGAAGACGGUUGUCAUUGAGAAAGCCACUCAGCCACGUUCUUGAGGAGACUGCAACGUUGGCGCAAGUGGCACACCUUCAGUCGUAUCGUAGCCGGUCUACAACGCGGUUUAACAACAGUUAAACGCGAGUAAUAAAAAAAUUUUAAAUAAUUUAAAAAAAAUUCAUAUCGUUAUCAUAAUCGAAAAAUUGAUAAAAAACUUAUAGUGUGAGAUAAGACGCGGGGUCUUAUCGGAGUGGAAAAAUGAAGCAAAUUUCAGUUUCCUCGCCGCCGCCGCCGCUGCCUCCAAAGACCCGUAGCCGAAGUUCCCCACCAGAAGAAGAAACAACGGUACCUGAAAGAUCCGUUGUUGUUACUGGUACUGCUGAUGGUAUUCCUUCAGAUUCCGCGUUCAUCUCGCAUCAACCCGACCUCAACUUAAAUCGUCAUGUUGUUAAAAUCCAUAUUAAUCCAGAAGAAUCAAUAUUAAACGAAGACCCAACAGUUAGUAGCAGCAGUAGUAUUCGGAUAAGCGUUAAUAACGAAGAAAUGAUCGCCACAUCAGGGAUAUCAGAAAUCCAUCAGGAUAAAUCAACGUUUUUUUAUUACGGCAGUGGUUUUAACGGAAUGUCCAGCGGGCAAAUUUCGCCAAGUGAUACCCUCGAUUCGGGUACUUGCAGCGACAUGGACGGAACACCACCACCGUUACCAAAGAAAAAAUCCUCAAAUGGUGUAACCGUAACCUUGAUUCAAUCAACAACAAAUCAAAACAAACGAUUAUUUCAACAGGAAGAUAGCGAUAACGAUAGCAAUAUAAGUUGCGAUUCAUUAAACAGUUCCGAUUCGAAACAAGCAAGCGCGUAUUUACCUCAAGGACUACUUAAAGAUAUCCGGGAAAGGUCGUCGAAGAUAACCACGCAAUCUCAAUCACCAAAUAUCAUCGACGAGGACGAAGAAAACACUAAAAUAUUAGACAAACCGAUCGUUACAAAAGAAAUCAAUAAUUUAAUUAUUACGAAAAAAAUUCAAGUUGACGAAAAUUCGUAUCAAUCGAGGAAAGAAUUGGAAAAGGAAGAUCGACGACUUUCAAAAAUGAUGAUUUACGACACCGAUAAAUACUACAAGUUCCACUUAAACGAGAACGUUAUUGAUCCGGAUGAAGAAAUCGGGAAGACGAAAAAAAAUCAUCCCGACGAUGAGUAUUUUGCGGGAUACAAAGAUUUUUCGGGGGCCGUUGAAGGCCCAAAAACGAUUCGUAGCGCUAAAGGAACGGUGCGAGGUGUUAAGAAUCGUGUUCGAGCCGGUAUCGCGACGUUUUUACAAAUUAACUCAACAGAAAAGACCUAUAAAGAAAAGGAUGGAGGAAAAGUGGUCGUUUACACGACAACAAUGGGAAUCGUUCGUGAAACUUAUAAUUCCUGUGCGAAGGUCAAACAGAUUCUGCGGACACUUCUCGUAAAAUACGAGGAAAGAGAUGUAUUUAUGAGCAGCGAUUACCAGGCGGAGGUGAAAGAGCGCAUGCGUUUGGACCACAUCUCCGUGCCACAGGUGUUCGUCGACGGCCAGUACAUAGGGGAUGCUGAAGCUGUUGAGAGACUCAACGAGUCUGGCGAAUUACGCCUAAUUCUGAAACCUUACAAGAGCAUGGAUGUUUGUACGACUUGCCAAGUAUGUGGUGGAUACCGUUUACUUCCGUGUCCGGUUUGUAAUGGAAGCAAGAAAUCAGUACACAGAAAUCAUUUUACAACCGAAUUCGUCGCUUUAAAAUGUAUGAAUUGCGAUGAAGUCGGACUUGUGAAAUGCAAUUCGUGUUAAAUGUUACAAAAAAAAUCUAAAACAUCUUUAUUUAAAGAACGUUGAUGUUUUUUUCGUGUAAAUAAGUCCAAUUUGUAAAUAAUUAAAUAAUUAUGACUUGUUAAGUUUUUUUUACGUGCAAUCGAAUAAUUUAAAAGAUUUAAUAAAUAGGGAUAAUAAAAUAUUUGGUAAGUAACGGAUGGGACAUAAAAGUAAAUAAAAAUUAGCUAAUUAAGAAGUAUAAUCGGUGAUUUUUUUGUCUAUUCAUUUUAGAAUUGUAGUUGUAAAUAUUUUAGUGUAAUCGAUUAAUUU